UAGAUGGAAAAAUUAAGUGACAAGCGGCAAUUCGAAAUAUUUAUUUGAAAUACAAUAUACAGAAUAUCACAAAUACAUCCUUAUGCGGCGCUCUCAGGCACCAUCAAUGCGCAGAGCGGCCAAAAGAGGUCUUCCAGCAUGUGAACCAGAAGUCCCUAAAAAGGUUUGUGUACCUGAUGAGAUGCAGUGGGGCACAACUGGAGGUUAUAAAAGUUUGGGACCAAGACGGUAUGGUGAAACGGAGAACCCGCUUAAGGACAAACGCAUUUUCUUAGUGCUUUGGCGCCCUCAGUCAAACAAAAAGCAUAAAACGUGGAAAGGCAACGGAACUCUGGAGGUGACUGAAUCUCGAGCAACUCUUAAAGACGAGACCAACAAAGUUUUGGAUGUCUUGACUUGUUUUAAGCCGGAGAAAUUUCAGGAAAAUGUGAUAAUUGAAAUCGGCACGAAGGAUGUCGAGCUACAAAUGGAACUAAAGACCACUGAAGAAUGUAUCGCGCAGCGGAAAGAAGAAAUUGAAAAUUGGUACCGAAAGCAGGAGGAAGCUAAUGGAAUGGUCUUCCAAGAAGAUAACAACGAUAUGAGACCUCAAAGACCAAUGAAUGUCCUGAAAAAGCCAAAGCAUUCAUUGGAGCUCGAAUCCCGUCAUGAUAUCUCCAAUUGCAUCAACCAUGGAUCUGGUCAUCCCGUCAAGCGUAAGGAAUAUAUUUGCAUGUUGACACUAGCGGAACUUCAACAUCUGGCAAUGCAACUGCUUGCGGAUCAUUGCCAAGGACUAGGCCAACUGUCGGUCUGUGAAUCCCCGGACAUUGUUGGCAUAGCUCAAAGAAUCUGCGAUCAUCCUGUGCUGCUCAAGCAUAUUGAGAGUCAACCAAUAGUGUCGGAAAUAUUACUUCCGCAUUUGCCGCCCUGGCAGGAAAUGGGCCUCUAUGACUCCGCCAAGUUUGAGUUCGUGCAUCUUAUGUUGGACAAUUUGGUUGUAGAUCGUGGCGAGAAAUGUGCAAUUGUCGCCAGCAGUCAGAUGUGUCUGGACAUAAUCAGGGGAUACUGUCAAUGCUGGGAAGUGCCAUAUAUACGAAUAGAGGACAAUGCUCAAGCUGAAUACUUUAAUACUCCCAAUAUGGAGGACACCAAUCCGCCAAUGGUUGCUCUUCUAAUGGAAAGCAAGUUGCCAGCAAUACGCUUGCCGGGCUGUAAAUACAUGAUACUCUAUAAUUAUAGUGCACGAUCAGCAGCGACUCAGCUAUUAGCAAAUGAUUGCGAUACACAAAUCUAUACCCUAAUAACUGCCGGAUGCUUGGAAGAGCGGCUGUUUCAACAGCACUUUGGACUAGUCGAAAGCAGUGAUUCCCUGAUGGAAUUAGUAAAUCUGCGUGUGAAUUCUACACACAAGUUGCUUGGAGUUGGACAGAAUACUUUAUCGAGUUGGAGCCAAUUAAAGCCACCGUUUAGUGAAGCAGUUCUAAAGGAGGCCUUUUUAUGUGAUAAGUUGCCAAGCUUAAAAUUUGUCAUGAGCAAACAGAUUGAAAUUAUUGCCGGAUCGGAAGUAUAAUGUUUAUGUUAAAGUUUAUAUUUCAAUGUUUAAUUAAAUUUAUAUUUGGUCAGCGCUAUUAAUAAGCAUAUAUAGAGUUUACUCCAUCAAGGAGUCUAUGCUCAGUGAAUAAUUGUUUUCAUCCUUGUUGUAAAUGACCUCGUCGAAGUUGACAAUGGCACUAACAGCCAGAUGCUUCUCCAGUCGAGCCAACAACUCCUCACUUGGGUCAGCUGGCAAGCCAAUCAACUCGUAUUCAGUAGUCAAUAUAGGGAAUGUAAACUGUGGUGGAUACGGCCGUAUGUUAUCAACGUGUACUGGCACAAUGUUUCCGUAGUCUAUAAACAGUAUACUGGGAUGACCAUCGCCCACCAGUUCCAUGCACAAUCCUCGGCACCACUUGUCCUGGUAUUGGGCAAUACACAAAUCGUUUUUCCUAAUAAACAAUUAGAGCUUAAUAGAAA